AUGGGAAAACGCAAGAAAUCCUCUAGAAAACCAGCUGCGGCCACAGCGGCAAGGAGGAGGGAGCCAUUAGAUACUGCCUUCACUUGCUUGUUCUGUCAUCAUGACAAGUCCGUGACAGUGAGAGUCGACAGAAAAGAGGGCAUCGCCCAGCUAGUGUGCAGAGUGUGCGACCAGCGGUAUCAGAGCAAAGUUAACCACUUGACUGAGCCUGUGGAUAUCUAUUCAGAAUGGCUAGACGCUGCUGAUGCGGCACAGAAAGAAGAUCACGGCACUCGCAGACCAGCUGCUUCAUCAAGUAGACCAGCUCCCGCACCACCUUCCGUCGGGAGUGAUGAUGAUUGA